AUGGGUCGCCCUCCUCCAUCCGAACAAACCAUUCUCAUCACUGGCGUCUCUGGGUUUCUGGCCUCGCACGUCACUCACGCGUUUCUGGAGGCUGGCUACAACGUCCGUGGCACGGUCAGAUCCGAAAGAUCUAUUGCAGUGAUCGAGAAAUCCCAUGCUCAGCACGCCGGUCGACUCUCGUUUGCGGUCGUGCCCGACAUAGCCACUCCGGGUGCCCUCCGCGAGGCAGUCCAGGGUGUCUCGGGCAUUGUCCACACCGCAAACCCGUUCAUCUUGCAGCCCAAGGAUAACGAGGCCGAGCUCUUGAAACCCUCCAUCGCGGGUGUCCUGAAUAUGCUGGAGGCCGCCGCGACCCAGGGGGAGUCACUGUAUCGUGUGGUGCUGACGGCUUCCUUCGCGUCCAUCCUUGACCUCGGCCAAGGGUCACGUCCAGGCUACGCCUACACUGAGGCGGAUUGGAACCCCUGCUCGUAUGAAGAGGCAAAAGACACCCCCAGUGGAGCGGUCGCGUACUGUGCCGCAAAGGCGCUGGCAGAGAGGGCGGCCUGGGAUUGGGUAGAAGCCAAGAAGCCGCCGUUCAGCUUUGCGACUCUCAAUCCUCCAUGGAUCUUUGGCCCUUCUCUGCACGGGAUCAGGUCCCUCCAUCACCUCAACGAGUCCACCGAGGCCAUCUGGAAACUGGUCAACGGAUCCACUAAGGAGGUUCCGCCGGUCGACUUUGCAGGCUUCGCGGACGUCAGGGACGUCGCGCUCGCUCACCUGCGAGCAUACGAGCGAGAAGAAGCCGGAGGACAAAGAUUCAUCGUGGGUUCUCACUUUGACUACCAAACCGCCGUCGACGCCAUUCGGGAGGUGCUUCCCGAGAUUCAGGACCGUGUACCUCGUGGGACUCCGGGAGCUGGGUUGACGGAGCCCGUGUACCAGGUGGACGGAAGCAAGGCGCAGAAGGUCCUCGGAAUCCAGUACACCCCGCUCAAGGUCACUCUGAAGGACACGGUCGAGGAUCUCCUCGACGCCGAGAAACGGUCAAAGCCUUAA